AUGUUGAAUAUUACUAAAAAAAAAUUUCUGACAAUCUAUUCAUGUUAUUUUGAUUCAUAUCAACGUCUAUUUUCAUGCUCAAAAUUAUUAUCGGGCUACUCAUACAAAAUUAAAUCGACUUCAAAUCUUGCCGAUAAUAAACGGUAUGAAACAUUAUCUACACCAGUUCAUCACCAUCAUCAUCCAUAUAAAAUACGUUCAAACGUAAAUAAUAAUCCAACAAAUAGUCUGCAUCGACAAUUUCGAACGAAUGAUAUCAAACGAAUGAUUCUUAAAGAUGAAUUCGAUCCACUUUCGUUACAUAAUAAUAAUAAUAAUAUAAGUAUUGUCAAAGAAGCAAAAGGUGUUAAAAAUCUUGAAAAAAAUGAUCUUCUUCGUCUUAUAAAUGAUUUCUAUCGCCGUGAUGACAUAAAAAAAUUAGCUAAUGAGCAAGGUCUUGAUCUUCAUCUUUUUAAAAAUGUCUAUGUUAGCUUCCGAAAAUUUCUUAUUCAAUCAACGGUUUUACCUGUUGAUUUUCACACUGUAUUAAAUGAUAUAAUAUCUGGUGCCGGUCAUGUUACGGAUAUGUUUCCGUAUUUUUUACAACAUGCACAACAAAUGUUUCCUCAUUUAACAUGUAUGGAAGAUUUGAAAAAAAUUAGUGAUCUUAGAAAUCCAGCUAACUGGUAUCCGGAUGCGAGAGCUCUGAAACGAAGAAUUAUUUUUCAUGCCGGCCCAACAAAUAGUGGAAAAACAUAUCAUGCACUUCAACGUUUUAUACAUAGUGAAAGUGGUAUUUAUUGUGGACCAUUAAAAUUACUAGCAUCUGAAGUUUUUUAUAAAACAAAUGCAGCAGGUACAAAAUGUGACUUAGUUACUGGCGAAGAACGUCGUUUUGGUGAUUCUGAAGGAAAAUCAGCCAAUCAUGUAGCAUGCACUGUUGAAAUGUCUAAUUUAAAUACUAUUUAUGAUGUGGCUGUUAUUGAUGAAAUUCAAAUGAUUCGUGAUCCACAACGUGGUUGGGCAUGGACACGAGCUUUACUUGGUCUUCAAGCAAAAGAAAUUCAUUUAUGUGGAGAAAUUUCAACAAGAGAAUUAAUAGAAGAAUUAAUGAUUACAACUGAUGAUGAAUUCGAAAUUCGAGAAUACAAACGAUUAACAAAAUUAAAUUAUUUAGAUGGAGCAGUAGAAACAUUUGAUAAUGUAAAGCCUGGUGAUUGUUUUGUUUGCUUUAAUAAAAAUGAUAUAUUUCAUGUAAGCCGCGAAUUAGAAAGACGUGGCCAUGAAGUUGCUGUUAUAUAUGGAUCAUUACCACCGGGUACUAAAUUAUUACAAGCCCAACGAUUUAAUGAUCCAAAUGAUUUAUGUAAAAUUAUGGUUGCUACAGAUGCCAUUGGUAUGGGUCUUAAUCUAAGUAUCAAACGUGUCAUUUUCUAUAGUCUUGCUAAACCACAAUUAAAUGAACAAGGCGAAAAAGAAAAAAAUAAUGUAACAACAUCACAAGCUCUACAAAUUGCUGGGCGAGCUGGAAGAUUCGCAAGUGCAUUUCCUGAUGGAGAAGUAACAACAUUUCGACAUGAUGAUUCUCCUGUAUUGAAAGAUAUUAUUCAUCGACAAGUAGAAACAAUCAAACGUGCUGGACUUCAUCCAACAGCUGAACAAAUUGAAAUGUUUGCUUAUUAUUUACCUAAACAUUCAUUGUCAAGUUUAAUGGAUACAUUUAUAAAACUUUCACAAUUAGAUAAUAAUUUAUAUUUUAUGUGUAAUAUUGAAAAUAUGAAAUUUCUAGCGGAUAUUAUUGAACAUGUUCCAUUAUCAAUUCGAGUUCGCUAUUUAUUUUCAUGUGCUCCUAUCAAUAAAAAUACGACUUUUGUUUGUGCAAUGUUUUUGAAAGUGAGAAUCUGUUACAUGGGAAAAAUUGAUUCGAUAUUAUAA